UCCUGGUGAAUAUUCAGUGGGUUCUGUUCCCUUCACUGGCUCCUGUCUAUGCAGACAGCCAGCUGGGCAGGAGAAGCAGAGGCCGUGCUGGCAGCAGUGACAACAGGGGACAGUGGAAGGAGCGCAGGGCCACCGAGGCUGACCCAGGCAGCCGUCGCCGAGCUCCCACCAUGGGCAGCAGGGUGUGGGGCGUCUGCGUCCUCUGCUUGCUGGGCCCCUUGCCAAUCGUCCUGGGCCACGUGCACCCAGAGUGUGAUGUCAUCACUCAGCUGAGAGAGGACGAGCAAGCGUGUCUACAAGCUGCUGAAGGGAUGCCCAACUCCACCUUGGGCUGCCCCAGGAUCUGGGACGGGCUGCUGUGCUGGCCGAUGGCGGGCUCCGGAGAGUGGGUGAGCCUCCCCUGCCCGGCUUUCUUCUCUCACUUCAGCUUGGAGCCAGGGGCUGUGAAGAGGGACUGCACCACUGCGGGCUGGUCGGAGCCCUUCCCGCCUUAUCCCGAGGCCUGCCCUGUGCCCCUGGAGCUGCUGACUGAGGAGAAAUCCUACUUCUCCGCGGUAAGGAUCGUCUACACCAUGGGCCACAGCGUCUCGGCUGCAGCGCUCCUAGUGGCCAUCAUCAUCCUGGUCGCUCUCAGGAGGCUCCACUGCCCCAGGAACUACAUCCACACCCAGCUGUUCACCACCUUUAUCCUCAAGGCGGCAGCUGUGUUCCUGAAGGACGCCACCCUCUUCCACCGGGAGAACAUGGACCACUGCAGCUUCUCCACUGUCCUGUGCAAGGCUUCUGUGACCGCCUCUCAUUUCGCUACCAUGACCAACUUCAGCUGGCUGCUGGCAGAAGCUGUGUACCUGACCUGCCUCUUAGCCUCCACACUGCCCAGCACAAGGAGGGUCUUCUGGUGGCUGGUUCUUGCUGCCUGGGGGCUUCCUCUGCUCUUCACCAGCAUGUGGGUGGGUUGCAAGUUGGCCUUUGAAGAUGUUGCGUGCUGGGACCUGGACGACAGCUCCCCCUACUGGUGGAUCAUCAAAGGACCCAUCGUCCUCUCUGUUGGGGUGAACUUUGGGCUUUUUCUCAAUAUUAUCCGUAUCCUGCUGAGGAAACUGGAGCCAACUCAGGGCAGCCUCCACACCCAGCCUCAGUACUGGCGUCUCUCUAAGUCAACGCUUCUCCUCAUUCCGCUGUUUGGAAUCCACUAUGUCAUUUUCAACUUCCUGCCUGACAGUGCUGGGCUGGACAUCCGCCUCCCCCUAGAACUGGGACUGGGCUCUUUCCAGGGCUUCAUUGUUGCUAUCCUGUACUGCUUCCUCAACCAAGAGGUGAGGACUGAGAUCUCACGGAGAUGGCACGGCCACGAUCCUGAACUUCUGCCAGCCCGGAGGACUCAUAUCAAGUGACUGUUCACGUGCCCUCUCGUCCCCAGGCCGGGGAGCCUUUCAUCGGGACACAUUCUGGGGAGUGAAAGCUGUGCCAGUUCAGCCGAUAUGCCUUUUCUUAACGCGACAGAGUGUUUCCAGAUUGCACUCCAGAACUGCCAGCGAGAUCUCCACUCCCACCAGCAGCUCCACCAACACUUGGCAUUACCCAGCUUUUCAAUGUUUGCAAGUCAAAUGGGUGUACGGUGACAUCUCCUUGUUGUUUAAAUUUACAUUCCUCUGAUAACUAAUGAGCGAGCAUCUCUUCUCUUCUUGUGCCUGUUAGCCUUUUAGGUUUGGCCUUCUGGAAAAUGCUCGAAUUUCUCUCUUUGCUUUUCUGUAGGGUGGAGGUUCCUCAGUUCUAGGUUUUUCUCUUAUGUCUUCUCCGUUGCUUGCCCUCCUGUGUCCCCAGCCUGCUUCUUCCUCCCAAGUCCUCUGCCCAAGUGCUGCCCCCGAAGUAAGGCAACAUGCUUUUCUUCCUUUAGUUUCAAAUCAGAAAAGUAGUUCAUCCUCAUUGCCGGGCAUUUAGGAGAUAUAGAAGGGAUUUUAAAAGAAAAUAAAAAUCAGCCAGUGGGCACUUCCCUGGCGGUCCAGUGGUUAACACUUUGCCUUCCAAUGCAGGGGUGCACGUCCUAGUCUUGGUUGGGGAGCAAAGAUCCCACAUGCCUCACAGCCAAAAACCAAAGCAUUAAACAGAAGCAGUAUUAUCACAAAUUCAGUAAAGACCUUAAAAAAUGUCCCAUAUCCAAAAAAAGUCAUCAAAUUAAAAAAUCAGUCAUAAUCUCAUUACCCAAAGACAAUCACCACUCGUAUUUUUGUAUGUUUCCUGAAAUAUUUUUCUCUUCUGCUUCCUUGAAACAUUGUGAGAUCAUGAUAUGUUCAUAAAUUUCUGUCAUGUCUUAUAUUUAAAAUGAACAUAAAUGAUAUAUAAAAAUGGACAACAAGCACAUGAAAAGAUGCUCAGUGUCAUCAGUCAUUGGGAAAAUGCAAAUCAAAACCAUAAUGAGAUAGCAUUUUAUAUCCAGCAGAGUGGCUAAAAUGAAAAAAAAAAGUAACAAGUAUUCAUAAGGAUGUGGAGAAAUUGGAACUCUCAUGCUUUGCUGGUGAAAAUGUAAAAUGGUACAGUUGCUUUGGCAAAAAGUCUGGCAGUUCCUGGAAAAGUCCAACAUUUAGUUACCAUGUGACUUUGCAUAUAGGCAAAAGAAUGAAAAACUCAUGCCUGUACAAAACUUAUACAUGAAUAUUCAUAGCAGCCCUACUCAUAACUACCAAAAGAUGGAAACCCAGCUGUCCAUCAAUUAUUAAAUGGAUAAAUAAAAGGUGAUAUAUCCAUACAAUGAAUAACAAAAGGAAUGAAAUAUGGAUACAUGAUUCAACAUGGAUGACCCCUAAAAAUAUUGUGCUAAGUGAAGUGACUUAGAUACGAGAGAUUAUUUAUUAUAUGAUUUCAUUUAUAUGAAAUACUCAGAAUAGGCAAAUCUAUAGAGACAGAAAGCAAAUUAGAGGUUUUUAGGGUUGGGAGGAUGGAAACUGAUUACUAAUGGGUACCGGUUUCUUUUAGGGGGAAUUAAAUGUUCUAAAAUUAGAAAGUGGUAAUGGUUGCACACUCUGUGAAUAUACUGAAGACCACUGAAUUAUAUACUUUAAAAGGGUAAAAUUUUUGACGUGUGAGCUAUAUCUCAAUAAAAUUGUUAUUCAAAAAGUAAACAAAUCGUUGCUGCAGAACUCUUGCAGACCUAUAUUCUGCUUCAUAGUUUGUAAAGCCUAUUUAGUAGUCUUUUUAAAGCAUCAGUAUUUCCAGUUUUAUUUCAUGUAUCUAAUAUUCUUUAUUUAACCAAUAAGUGUUUUACAAAUAUUCUAUUGGUGAACCUUGCCUCUAAUUUCUUAAUAGUUGUGAUGACAAACUUCUUUGCAUAUAAUUCUUCAUGUACAACUCAAAAAAAAAAUAAAAACA